AUGGAAGAGGAGAAGGAGCCAAAUUCAGCGGGUAGUUCUCCGAAAUCUGCGGCAGAACUUAAGAAUGCUGGUGAACAGCCGGAUCCGAAAGUUGAGCGGCGACUACUCUGGAAAUUUGACAUUCAUAUAAUCCCUAUCCUAUUUCUUGUAUAUUUUUGCGCCUUCUUGGACAGGAUCAAUGUCGGCAAUGCCUUGAUCGAAGGCAUGCUGGAGGAAUUGAACAUGAAUAACACCAAUGAUCCCCGCAUCGCGCUGCUUAUUUUCUUCGUUCCAUAUAUCCUUUUGGAAGUUCCGAGCAAUGUUCUUCUUAAACGAGUUGCGCCCUCCACGUGGAUUACCAUCCUCACUUUCUUCUUUGGUCUUGUCACAGUAUGUCAGGGAUUCGUGAAGGGGCCCAAGGGUUUGAUCGUUUGCCGGUUUUUCUUGGGUGUUUUCGAAGCCGGCCUUCUUCCAGGAUUCAUCUAUCUCAUGAGCAUGUACUACAAGAGACACGAAUUCCAAAAGCGAUUCGCUGUUCUUUUUACGUCCGGCAUGGUUGCAGGUGCCGUCGGAGGACUCCUGGCAUUUGAAUUGGCCAAACUUGACGGUGUUGGAGGUUACUCUGGAUGGCGAUGGAUAUUCAUCGUUGAAGGCCUUAUGUCAAUCUCACUUAGCCUUGUCACGAAAUUCCUUAUCGUGGACUGGCCUUCUGAAGCAACAUUUCUCACGGAAGAGGAGCGACUCACAGUUGCAGUACGCUUAAAGGAGGAUGUAGGCUCUGCAAAAAUGGACAGGCUUGAUCGACAAUCAUUGCAGAUCAUCAUAAAGGACUGGAAAAUAUAUACAGGUGCCUUAAUAUACCUCACCAUCAAUACCUGUGGAUAUUCCACCGCUCUCUUCAACCCUACUAUUUUGAAACAAUUUGGGUAUAACGCAUCUCAAUCGCAAGUCCAUAGCAUCCCGAUUUGGGGGACAUCCGCAGCAGUUAUCAUUCUUGUAGGCUACCUCAGCGACAGAAUCCGCCAUCGCUGGGGCUUCGUUAUUUUUGGGUGUUUCUUCUCUAGCAUUGGAUAUAUUCUACUACUCAACCAAAACCACUCAUCUUUAAGAGUCAAAUACAUGGCACUCUUCAUAGUCAAUAUCGGCGUAUACAUCGCACACCCCGUCACCAUCGUAUGGCUCUCUAACAACUUAGCCGGGCACUACAAACGGGCAUUCGGAAGCGCUUUCCAGAUUUCUUUUGGUAACAUCGGCGGCAUCGUGGCCAGUAAUCUAUUCCUCCCGAAUGGUGCUCCGCUCUUCAAAGCAGGCUAUGGGAGUGCUCUGGCUUUAACAGUUGUAUGUGCCCUCUUAUCUACGGUAUUUAUGCUUGCACUGGAUAGAGAAAAUAAGAUGCGGGAUGCUGGACGCCGCGAUUAUCGGUUCAAUUUAUGUCAAGCCGAGUUGGAAAACCUUGGGGAUGAUCACCCAGAUUUCCGAUUCACAAAAUGA